CAAACAAAGAACCAAAAAGUAAAGAGGAUAAUUUUGGAUCAAGCAAAUCUAAUUAAGAUUAAAAUAAAAGGUCCCUCGUUUGAUUUAGUGAUUAAGAUUAAAACAACAUUUCCAAACAAAUAAUACUAAAACAACUUCAUGCUGUGAGAGAGAGAGAGAGAGAUGGAGAUGGAUUCCUUGGGGAGCCAGUUGAUCGUGUUCCUCCUCUCCUCCCUUAUGCUGUUAGCCAUAAUCGACUCUACCACUGCUCAGAACGCCUUCCUCAAAGCCUGCUUAGCGAGUGGAACCUACCAAGACAACAGCCUUUAUCAGAACAACCUCGACACUCUCCUCUCAUCUCUCGCCCCCAACCUCAACAAGUACGGCUUCAACACCACCUCCGUCGGUCAAACCUCCGACGACAAAAUCGAAGCCGUCGUGCUCUGCAGAGGCGACGUCGAGCCCGACAUCUGCCGGAGCUGCGUCAACGACUCCUCCGUCAUGAUCAAACAGAUCUGUCCAAACUACAAGGCCGCCAUGGGGGGCUACGACCAGUGCAUGCUGAGAUACCGCUCGCCCUACAAUAUUACCGCGGACCUGCAGAGGCCGAGCGUGUACGCGUAUAACGAUAAGCGCAACUUCACGAGUCCGGAUCGGUACAAUGAGGUACUGAGGGAGUUGCUCCGGCGGCUGCAGAGCCAGGCGGCGAAGGGCCGCUCCGACCGCAAGUUCGCCACCGGCAGCCAGCAGGGCCCGGAUAGUCAGACUAUAUACGGGAUGGCGCAGUGCACGCCGGAUUUGUCGGAGAAACAGUGUAACGAUUGUGUGGAUGAGGCCAUCGAUGAACUGCCGGUGUGUUGCAAUAAUCGGUUUGGAGGGAGAGUUCUUAAAGUUAUCUGCAAUAUUCAGUAUGAGACCAAUUUCAAAUUUUACAAUGAAACUCGACCAUCAUCAACACCAGGAGAUGAUAAGAAUAAAACUCGGACAUUGGCAAUCGUUCUUCCGGCUGUUGCUUUCCUCAUAAUAGUCCUAAUUGCUUGCAUUUACAUCUUCAGAAGAAAGAAAAAACAAGGGAAACGAAAGCAGAAAUUUAAGGACUUUUAUGAAACUGUGGAUGAGAUUAGCGCUGUUGAAUCCUUGCAAUAUGACUUCGCUACAAUUAGCACCGCAACAGAUGACUUUUCUGAGGAUAAUAAGCUGGGACAAGGUGGAUUUGGUGCUGUUUACUGGGGUCGACUUCUGAAUGGACAAGAAAUAGCCGUGAAGAGAUUAUCUAAAAAUUCCCGACAAGGAGAUAGAGAAUUUAAGAAUGAGUUAAUAUUGGUGGCUAAGCUUCAACAUAGAAAUUUGGUUAGACUUUUGGGUUUUUGUCUCGAAGAAGAAGAAAGACUCCUCAUCUAUGAGUAUUUGCCCAACUCGAGCCUUGAUCACUUCAUAUUUGAUCCCAUGAAGCGAGAAGAGUUGGAUUGGGAUAAACGUUACAAAAUCAUAGAAGGCUCUGCAAAGGGACUUCUAUAUCUUCAUGAAGAUUCGCGACUUCGAGUUAUUCAUCGCGAUCUUAAAGCAAGUAAUAUUUUAUUAGACUCAAAAAUGCAUCCCAAAAUUGCUGAUUUUGGCAUGGCAAGAAUAUUUAGCAUGGAUGAAACACAAGGAGAUACAAAUCGAAUUGUGGGAACAUAUGGAUAUAUGGCUCCAGAAUAUGCAAUGCACGGCCACUUUUCAGUUAAAUCAAAUGUUUUUAGCUAUGGUGUCUUAGUUUUAGAAAUUAUCACUGGCAAGAAGAACAACUAUUUUCGUAGUGGCGAUACCAUAGAAGACCUUUUGAGCUUUGCUUGGAGGACUUGGCAAGCAGGAACAACAACAAGCUUGAUUGAUCCCACAUUGAGGGGUACAUCGAAUUCAAUUCAAGACGUGAUAAAAUGCAUCCACUUGGGGUUGCUCUGCGUUCAGGAGGAUGUUGCAAAAAGACCAACCAUGGCUUUUGUUGUUCGCAUGCUUAACAACGUCUUUGUUAGCCUUCCGCAGCCUUCAGAACCGGCCUUUUUUGUGCGUAGCGAUUCUGAUCUUGCAAGGACAGAAUCUAGUAGUCAACCGAACAACGCAUCGCUAAACGUAGUUUCCAUUACCGAGUUAGUUCCGCGAUAGUUCAUAGAUCUUUGUACGAAAUAUUUGGAAGGAAAGAUUAUAAAUUCUUUUCACCUUUCCAAUUAAAUAAAACUUCAUUCACUUUAAUAAAACUGUGUUAAUCCCAUUUCAUGGGCAUACCACAUCCUCAUGCUACUGUCAUUCAUCGUGUCUAUUAUUUUAUUGAUUCAAAAUAAUUGAUGUUUAAUCAUAUGGAUUUUAUUAGCUUAUUUCAAUGUGUGACAUGUGGCAUGUGGUAUUUUAUUUUAUGAUAAAUUGCUGCUUAUUUGUAAAUCGUUGAUAUC